AUGUUGGCGAGUGUGCUUGUUUUAUUCUUUCUUUUGUUUAGUGUCAAUGGAGAUGAGUUCACUUCGCAAUUCGAAGGUCCCGCGUGGGAUGAACUGUUCUCCGCUGGUGGCAUGCACAUUGGAGCCGGGAGGUCUAAGAGAUUUGUUCAGAUGAACCCUAACCAACCUAAUGUAGCCCAUCAAGCUUGCAUGAUGCCCAACGGUAAAGCGGGCCACUGCAGGCACCUGAACCACUGCGUACAGAACGAGUUCAAGUCAGAUUUCAGCAAGUUCCUUGACUACCUUUGCAUCAUACAACGGUCAUCUAUCGGUGUGUGCUGCCCGGAUGAACUAGCAGAUCUCAAUGAGAGGAGUUUAGCUGGUGAUCUACCCGCCACAGCUCCAAGAGAGGAAAACAUGGAGGCUAUUCUCAAGGUGAAGAGGGCAGAGAACAGAGGUUGCGGGCUAAGCACAAGGUCGCAGGUAAACGAAGUAGGUGUUCGACCCACCAACCCUCGGGAAUGGCCCUGGAUGGCGUCCAUCACGCCCCAGGGCUUCAUGCAGUACUGCGGGGGUACCCUUAUCACCGAGAGGCAUGUGCUCACUGCCGCACACUGCACAAGGAGAUGGAAAGCGGAAGAACUAUACGUCCGUCUGGGUGAAUACGACUUCACGCGUAACAAUGACUCCCGCUCCUACGACUUCCGAGUGGUGGAGAUACGCCAGCACCCCGGCUUCGAGAUGCCCAACUACCACAACGAUAUCGCGAUUCUCAAGCUGAACCGUGCUGCAGUCCUCAACACUUACGUGUGGCCCAUCUGCCUGCCGCCCAUGGGACUCAAUAUGACUAAUCAAAGGGUUUACGUUAUUGGAUGGGGUACGCAACACUUCGGUGGUGCUCACAGCAACGUGUUGAUGGAGGUGUCAGUCCCGGUGUGGGCGCACGAGCAUUGCGUCGAGGCGUUCGUAGACGCUAUAUUCGAGGAAAGCAUCUGCGCAGGAUUUCCUCAAGGAGGCAGAGAUUCUUGUCAGGGUGACAGCGGCGGACCGCUCAUGUACCAGAUGCCGAGCGGUCGCUGGACCGUGGUGGGGGUGGUGUCCUGGGGCAAGGGUUGCGGCGAGCCCGGCCGCCCCGGCAUCUACGCGCGUGUCGACAAGUAUCUCGGCUGGAUACAGGAGAACGUGCAAUUUUGA